CUCCUGCGGAUGGUCCGGAGGAAGGCUCUGCAGGUGGCCCCAGAGCCUGAGGGAAGCAGCUGCCACCUUCCCAAGGGGCAGAGCAAGCCCUGCGUCCCCGCUGGCGGGGAAGCAGCUCCCGUCCAGGCCAGACGGCGGAAGUGCCCGGCCUUCUGGAAAAGGAACCUGGCUCCCGGCGCAGGCGCCGAGCUGGGAGAGGCCCCGACCAGGCCCCAGUGGAGCUGGCCCAGGCUGCGGUUUUGCAGACAGGACCCAGCCCAGGAGGGGCGCCGGGCAGGGUGGCUCUGGGGCUUGUUGUGUGGGCAGCAGCGGCCCCAGGAGCCCAGCCCUCCUUCCCAUCAGGAGGCAUCGCCCUGCCUGGUCUCUGAGGCCCUUCCAGCCCCCGCAGGCCAGGAGGGGGAAGGUCUCUGUCCCAGCACCGGCAGCUCAGCAUGGGACAGCGGCAGCACCUGGGCCUCUGGCAGCAGCCAGGCCGAUGGAGGCCACUGCUUUGUUCCAGGGACCCCCCUGGAUUCGGAGCAGGAGGAAGGGGUGGACAUGGCCGAAGAUGAAGCUGCUCUCAAGGUCAUCCGAGAGCAGCUCCAGUGCAGAGAUAAGCACCAUGAAACCUGCCCUGGAGCCAGCCCUAGAGACCCACCUCUUGCGAGCUGCCCUUCACUCCGUCUUCACCCUGGGCACGGAGAAGGACACCACCGACAUCCAGACUCUGCACAAAGUCAUCCCAGAGGUCCUGGAUGCCAUGCUGGGGAACCUGCUGGCAGAGUCCCCAGACACAGACAGGCUCCACUUCAUCUUGGAGCAUGUCAACUUGUGGGUCGUGUCCAGGGUGUCGCAGGAGCGAGCCAGGGCUAUCAGGAGCAGCACAGCCCUGCUGAGAUACACAGUCACCCUCCCUGAGUUUGACAUCUCAGCCGAGUUCCCUAGGAUGGGUCACCAUGUGGCCCAGCUGGCUCUAUUUGUCAGCGAUCCAGACAAGGACAUCAGCCGGCAGGCCAGGGAGGGGACUUACCGGCUCUACCAACUGCUGCUCCAACAGAGGGGGCUGACCAUACAUGACGUGGAAGAUCUCUGGUGCUAUGACUGGCACCAGGACAGAAGGCUCUUGGGCUACAAGAAUACAGCCAGAGUGGGGGAGGUCUUUGGAAAAUUCUUCUCCAUCGGGCAGAAAAGAUCCUUCCUGCAGACAGCAGUGCUGGCCAUCCACGACCCCCUGCUGCGUGUCAGCCAGGCUGGGCUGGUGCUCGUCUACUCCCUCUUGGGGGAAGCCCAGCAACUGAUGGGGGUCACGCACGAGGAUGUCACAGCCAAGGUCAUGUGCCAGCUUCACAUCAUCAGGCACUUGCACCAGAUGCCCGAGGUGCUGCAAGGGCUGUGGCUCAUCUGAUGCUCUUCAAGGUUCCCCUCCCUGUUCAGCAAGUCCCGCUCCCUGCUGCAGGUACUGCUCUGUCUCACUGUAAAUGGGGGGCUAGUGGAAGAGGAAAUGGAGGCCCCUGGCACUCACAGAAAUUCUCUCCCCUCUCUGUGGAGCCGGAUCCUUCCCUCGGCCCCCCAAAUUCCUUCAUCUGGGGCAGGAGCUC